AUGCGGCCCACCUCACUUCUACUCGCCGCCGCCGUGCUUGUGGUUGGCAAUCCUUUCCCGGGUGCAGAUACUUCCCUAGAAGCAGCUGAUAUGGGAACUCUUUGCACUACAAACCCGUGCAAGAAUAAGGACAACAAUCACAGCAAGAAGAACCUCUGGGCGGUCAGUUUUUUUGACCAGGGCCAGUGCUGGGGCGACUCCGAUGCUACGCUGAGCAGCCACAAGCCCAACUCCAAGUGCUUCAAGUACAACGACGGCAUCGGCCAUGAGCUCAAGUCCAUUACCUUCAAGCACCCCCGUGGAGAUCCAGACUGCUUGUGGGGUUGCGAUAAUUGCAAGAUCAACGUCUACUACCCUCCUAAAGGCGAGAAAGCAGACUGCUGCGACGAGCACAAAGUCAAGCGGGACUGGACCCAGAAGGAUGUUGGAAAGUGCAUUGACAUCGAACCUCCCAAGGAUGCUCGUGUCAGGUACAAGAUCGACUGCUCGUAA